AUGAUAUACAGCUGUCUUCUCCUGUGGCUACACAACAACCACCACCAACAGCAGCAGCAGCAGCAGCAGCAGGAGCAGCCACAGACAGCGCUCGACCUCGCAGCACUGUGUCUUCUCUCCGCGCAGUCUGAGCUGCAGCAGCAGCAGCAGCAGCAGCAGCAGCAGCAAGCUGCUGCAGCAACACCACUGCAGCAGCUAUCACCUACAAGUCUUGCUGCUGCAGCAGCAGCAGCAGCACAGUCACCAGAAGCUUCUUCUCUGCUUUCAUUUAACACAUCCCGAGACUAUCUCUUUUCGCUGCUGCCGCAGGGAGCAGCAGAACCAGCAGCAGACAAGCAGCAGCUAUACCGCCCACGCCAACAGCAGCAGCAGCAGCAGCAGCAGCAGCAGCAGCAGCAGGGUGCGGUGGAUCCGACAGCAGCAGCAGCAGCAGCAGCUGCUGCUGCUGCUGCUGCUGCUGCUGCAGCAACACCACUGCAGCAGCUAUCACCUACAAGUCUUGCUGCAGCAGCAGCAGCAGCAGCUGCUGCUGCUGCUCCUCCCACUUCUGCAGCAGCAGCAGCAGCAGCAGCAGCAGCAGCACAGUCACCAGAAGCUUCUUCUCUGCUUUCAUUUAACACAUCCCGAGAAUAUCUCUUUUCGCUGCUGCCGCAGGGAGCAGCAGAACCAGCAGCAGACAAGCAGCAGCUAUACCGCUCACGCCAGCAGCAGCAGCAGCAGCAGCAGCAGCAGCAGCAGCAGCAGGGUGCGGUGGAUCCGACAGCAGCAGCAGCAGCAGCAGCAGCUGCUGCUGCUGCUGCUGCACUUCCGUCAAGGCCACAGACAGCGCUCGACCUCGCAGCACUGUGUCUUCUCUCCGCUCAGUCUGAGCUGCAGCAGCAGCAGCAGCAGCAGCAGCAGCAGCAAGCAGCAGCAGCAGCAGCAGCAGCAGCAGGACGCAACAGCAGCAGCAGCAGCAGCAGCAGCAGCAGCAGCAGAGCAGCAGCAAGCACAGCAGCAGCAGCAACAGCAGCAGCAGCAGCAGAACCUGAUUUGAAAGGGGAUGCUGAGGGGGGGCUAAACACAAAACCAACAAAAGACACAGAUUUGCUGCUAGCUGAUCUUCUAGCUGCGGUGGAGCAGCAGCAGCUGCUGCUGCAGCAGCAACUGCAGCAGCAGCAGCAGCAACAGCAGCAGCAGCAGCAGCAGCAGCAGCAGCAGCUAGUGCAUGCAUCGCCACAGGAAGAUCUGGUGAGCACAUUAGAAUCUUUGUUGGAUAUCUUUGAGGGGGCAAAGAAAGAAGUAGGAGUAGAUAUAUCUUUGCUGCAGCAGCAGCAGCAGCAGCAGCAGCAGCAGAUGCUGCUGCAGCAGCUGCAGCAGCAGCAACAGCAGCAGCAGCAGCAGCAACACAUGCUGCUGCAGCAAAGGUCACCGUGUAUUGCUGCAGCAGCAGAAACAGAAGAAAAUUUUAAGGAGAACGAAUUCUCCGCCUCGCUGCUGCGGCUGCUGCAGGGGCAGCCAGCAGCAGCAGCAGCAGCAGCUGCUGCAGCAGCAGCAGCAGCAGCAGCAGCAGCAGACCCAGCAGCAGCAGCAGCAGCAUGCACUGCAGCAGAAACGAAGACACCGGAUACACUAAGCGCCUCGCAGCUGAAAUGUCUACAAGACAAAAUAGACAGCAGCAGCAGCAGCAGCAGCAGCAGCAGCAGCAAGCAGCAGCAGCAGCAGCAGCAGCAGCUUAAGCUGGAGCCCCCUGUUGCAAUGGGUUCUGCUGCUGCUUCAUCGUCAGAAGUAUGCAUAUCACCAGCAGCAGCAGCAGCAGCAGCAGCAGCUGCUGCUGCUGCUGCUGCUGCUGCAAAUACAGCAGGCACUGCUGCUGCAGCAACAGCAGGAAUUGCUGCUGCUGCAGCAGCAGGAUGCUCGCAGGGGGGGGAGGGGGGGAAGGGGGGUGGUUAG